UUCAAUCGAAAACUGGAGGAUGACAUUCGUGGGGACACAAGCGGAGACUUUGAGAAGAUCCUGGUUGCCCUGAUGCAGGGUUGUCGCGAGGAGAACGCCCCAGUCGACGUGGCUCGGGCUCAAACUGACGCCGAUGAACUUUACGCGGCCGGAGAAAAACGUUGUGGAACGGAGGAAGCCGUGUUUACUAGGAUACUCACACAGAGAAGUUUCUGCCAGAUAAAGGCAAUCUCCGAGUGCUAUGGAAAGAAAUACGGCAAAAGUCUAGUGAAGGCUAUUCAGAGGGAGACAUCGGGUUACUAUGAGAGAACGAUGGUUUCGAUUGUCCGUUUUGCUGAGGACAAGAAUGAUCUACUUGCUGAAUGGUUCCACGAUUCUAUGGCAGGCCUUGGAACACGUGACGAGAUGCUCAUUCGGUUGGUUCUCGGCCGUUGUGAGAUUGACCUUCAGGACGUGAAAGACGCCUACAUGAGGAAGUACAACAAGCCGCUGGUGAAGGCGAUUGAGGAUGACACUUCAGGAGACUACAGGAAAAUGCUUGUUGCUCUGGUCGGUCCUUGA